CAGUCCCACGUAAACGGUGAGCGGGAAAGCACGUCACGCGUGCCGUUAGAAAAAUUAAUAUGUAUUAUGUAAAAUUUGACCCUUGAUUUUUCGGGAAAUAUUCACGAACCGUGCAUUUCUGGACCAUUCCGCUGUAGUUGUUGUUGUAAAAUAGUGAAAUUGUGUCUAAUUAUAAGUAGGUACUCUAGAGAUAUCGAAAAUUUUAGCAGCGAUUUUAGUGAAGUGUUGUGGUAGAUGAGUGUUCUCAAUUGGACGGGGAAUGUGAAUGCCAGUGUUGAAAUGGAUUCAAUAAGCAAUGUCUGGACUGUGGUGGAAAAUGUGCGGGUUGCAAGCAGUGCUGCGGAGUUGGCUAUUUUCACGGCAAUACUUUAUUGGUUCUUUACAUCGAGCCGUGUAGCAGAUAUGUUAGAAGUGGUAGGGGAAAGGGUAGGAGGAUGGUGUGGCCGAGAUACGAGCUCCCUAAGACACGCGAUGCGCACCCGCAAGAGGCCGCAUACAGAUGUAUAUGCUAAACUUGAUGCUGAAAUUACGACAAGAACAUCUUCUCUGUAUCGCAUUAAGAAUGGACCAGUGGUGCCACCGCCACAGCCUCCUACGAGACCCUCAGCUGGACUGGCCUGCGCAAGAUGUGCUCCGUUAUCUAGGGAGUCAUGGCAGGAUACAAAGGCAGCGGAAUCCAGUGCAGUCAUCAACAUUCUGGACAUUGGCAGGCAGACCUUUGCGAAUGGUGGAGUGGUUUCGCGGUAUCUCUGCGACCUGGCACAGUGCUUUCAACUGACAAAUUUUGAUUAUGGGGAUAUCGUCCCUAAGGUGGUAAAAGACGAGCGUUUCCAAAACGCAAUAGAAGAGACGAUAAAGGAGGAGUUGAAUCCGGGAAAGAAAAAAGAAGAGACUAAAAAGGAAUCCAGUUAUGCGGCGGUUAGAAAGCGAGUUGAGGCGAAAGCUAUGAAAGUUCUUCUUGACAUCAGCUCGGCCAUGUCCACUAAUGUGCUAAAAUUAGUGGCGUGGUUAUGCCACAAAGCAGUGCGUCGCGUCGCCGGCGGCGGUUGCGGCACCCGAGCGGCGUGCGUUGAGCGUUUACGCCGCGCAAACGCUGCGGGUCUACCGCUCGUCUUCGUGCCUCUUCAUAGAUCCCACUUUGAUUACAUUCUGGUCACAUUCACGCUGUACCUGACUGGCCUGAGGCCGCCGCUGGUGGCUGCGGGUGAUAAUAUGAGGAUACCCUUCUUUGGGUGGUUUCUGCGCGGUUGUGGCGCUUUUUAUAUACGUCGGCGAGUUGACGGCUCAGAAUACCACGAAGACCCCAUCUAUAAAUCAGCACUUAGGGCUUAUAUACUAAAUAGCUUAGCAGCAAAUAAUAACCUCGAGUUCUUCAUUGAGGGAGGUCGGACGAGGACAGGAAAACCGCAGGCACCUAAAGCGGGUAUCCUAUCAGUUAUCCUGGAAGCUUACCUCGAGGGUACCAUUGACGAUGCAUUAUUGGUGCCGGUUACUUUGAAUUAUGACAAAUUGGUGGAUGGCAAUUUCGUGAGGGAGCAACUGGGUAUGCCCAAGCAGAUGGAGACAUUUUGGUCGGCGUUGCGUGGAAUUUGGAGCACUUUGAACACUAAUCAUGGGAGUAUAAGAGUGGAUUUCAAUCAGCCUAUAUCGUUGAAGGAGCUAGUAACGUCCUUCCAAAAGUACAAUCACCUAAAGGCUGCUAUAGAAAGGCCGCUUACCCCAACAAAUAACAAUUUGACGAUGGACAUAGACAGACAUAUCCUUAACAGUCACAGCAGUUUCUAUGGAGCCAAUGUCAGUGCCGAUCAUAAGAUGAUGGUAGAGGCUAUUGGCAGGCAUCUGGUGUAUGAUGCAGCCGUAUCAACACCGUUAAUGUGCACGAACGUAGUCGCGUACGUCCUCCUAACAGAACAAAGGGCCGGCUGCACAUUGAAACAACUUCUCGAUAGUUUUGAGGCGAGAUCGCGUACUCUCGUGAGGGAAGGACGUGAUCUCGGAUACGCGGGCGACUCGAGGACUGUAUUGAAACAUGCUAUGGACAUGUUGGGCCGCGGUGUAGUAUCCCGCGACGAGAACCGAGUACGAGCACAAUGUUCUGUGGCAGCUGCGCUUGAGUUGUCCUACUACGCUAAUUCCGUUGUGGCACAUUAUGCCGCACCCGCUAUAGUUGUAACGGCACUGGAAAGUAUACUCGCCGAACCGGACGCGGACGCAGCGUACGUACGACACAACGAGCUAAUGACGCGUUCGUUGGAACUUUGCGGGAUUAUGGGACAUGAGUUUAUACUGAACGCUCCAUGUCAACGCACGGAGGAGAGAAUACAGGACGCUUUGGCUUCAUUGGUGCAGAGCGAUGUUCUGUGUACUAUACAGAAUGACAAUUUACUGGAUGAGCAGAGGUGGUCGCAGCGGUUUGCAAAGACAUUAGACGAAGACAUGGAUGAUGAGGAGCGACCAGACCCCACCAGGAAUAUCAAGUACAGGAUCUCAAACAAACCAGAGGCUAUCACGGAAAGACGGCGUUUAUUACGUACACUCAGGCCGCUAUUGGAGGCCUAUUCGGCGACUGGAAAAUGUUUGAAAAACGCGUCUCAAAAAGAUGUGGUUACAGCGACGUUGGACAAACUCACGGAAGAUUUUACACAGAAUAGAAUGUUGUAUGGUGAAGCGGUAUCAACAGACGCAAUACGCAACUGUUUGCGUGUGUUGCGCCAAUCCGGCGUAAUAGACAUGUAUACUGAAAACAAAAUCAGGAUGAUAAGGCCUAUCGAACCCACGGGUCAAAGCAUCCUAGACCAAGUGCAAAAGUUUAAUGUGCAAACGCCCUUAUUAGGAAAGUGAUAUGUGAUAAGUGUAUAAGUGAUAAGUGAAGUGCGGAUUUAUGUAACAGUGAAUGAUUCCAAUUCUGGUGGUACAACUGACAUUACGUGAAAUACACCUAAACGCCAAGCAAUAAAGUCCUAAUUAAAAUAUAUGACAAUUAGUAAUUUCGCUAAUAACGUCUAUUGACUUCCUGUAACGCCUCAUUUACAUUUAGUUAUUGUACUUUUGUUAAAUGUAAAUCCUAUUAUAAUAAGUGGAUUUAAUGGUAACCAUGGUAACCAAUACUGCAGUAAGUCCACGAUGUUAUAAAGAGUAUAUCUUUCUAUGUAAAUGGCGCUUUAUAGUAGUCAUAUUAAAGUACAAUUUGUUAAAGAACAAUUAGGCUUAAUUUAGUUAAAUUUUAAGCAUAGCUAACAAUUGGGUUUUGUAUUUGAUCUGAGACAAGUAUUAGCGCUCAUUCUUCCAACUGUCAAAAUACGUUUAAAGAACUAAAGACACAAUGAAACAAAUACAUGUUCAUAUUUUUCCAUUGUCUACACUACUUGAAUUUAUGCACUUUCAAAGGAUUUAAAAAUACCGUAGAAAAAUAAGAGUAAAGUAAUAGAAAAAAAAUUAGCUUCUUUUUUUAAUUUUUGCCUGGUAAAGCUUGAGUUUGACAAUUUUUUUACGCUACGAUACAAAAUUCUGUAACAGAUAUAUUUUGUAAAAAUUUCUUAGUUUUGCUGUUUUUAUACAAACGACACAGACAAUACCUAGAAAUUCUGACAAUGUAAUUGAAAUUCAUUGUAAUAUUAUACUCGAAAUUUGACCUUUUUAUUCGAUUCGUUCGUAUCCGCAUUUUUAUCUCAGUAACUGAUAAAAAGUUAAUAAAAUAGCAUAAUUUUUAACUCCCAACCAAAAAAAUCAACUAUUAAAAAAUACUGAAUGAUUUAUAUAUCUCUCUCUUUCGUUUAUACUUUUCCUGCAUAUAAGAAUAUGUCAGUUUAGGGAAUUUCUUGUUAGCAAUUAGUAUUUUUAAUUAGAUAAAAAGCUAUUUGUUAAUUUAUUAAGGUGUGGGUUCUAUAACCGGUCAUACUUUCUAUAGCCAUUUUGAAUUUGUUGUGGGUAUUUAUAAUCCCUUACAUAUUACACCUUUACUCCAUUAAGGGAUCACAAUGUAUAGAUAAAGUACCAAAUAGCUAUGCAAUAUAUAAAUUUUUCAUUCCAAAUACGUUGUAAUAUAAAAAUGUUUCACGACGAAUAGCGCCAUUUGACAUUCGUGAAACGAAACAGUAUUGUUUUUCCUACGAAUAAGUAAUAAAUAGUUUAUUUGGAACUUAUAUGGACAUUGUGAAACAGACCCUAAAUAUGAUAAUUGACUACAGUAAAAACCGAUUAAAAAUUUAAAAUAAAAUCACCAUCUGAACCCCUUUUUUUAACAUAGAAAGUUUCAACAUCAUAUGUUUAUUAUUUUCUAACAAAAAAGUCAUGCGCAGGAUCGCAUGUAAUAGAUUUAUUUUAACAACAAUUAAAUUUUCUACUGAUAAAAUAAUAAACAAUGUUCUACUACAUAGAUUAUGUUUACUAAAAAUCUGUGAUUGUAAUAAAAAAAUAUACAUCAAAGAUCUAAUAAUAUAAUUUUAAUCAUAUAAAAAGUGAUUGGAUACCUAUACUUUGGUAUUAUAAAAGGACUGGAAGUCGAAUAUGAACAAUAAAUUUUUGUAUGAUAACCAUUUUACUCUAGAUGUAUUUGGAACUAAAGUAUAAUACCAAAUUUUUGAACGCCUUGGCCGUGUAAGUGGUGGUAACACGGUAAUUGUCAAAUUAAAGUAUUUAUAUACUAGAUAAAACUAGAAAAAUCAAGGGAUCUUGGCCACCAGUUUAGGAGAAUGUAUGAAACCUAUAUGUAUAUAAUAGAUAUUUUGUACGACAUGUAAGAACAAAUAAACUUUGUAAUAGUA